UUGCGGGACCGGCCGCGUGCAGAGCGAUCGGUGUGGGACCCGUGUGUCUUGCGUGCAGAUUGUUCCGGACAAGAGCUGGAUAGUGCAGAACGGACUGCAAAAAAUAUAUGUUCAUAUAAUAAUAUAUAUUCAUAUACAGCAUCAUUAUGCCUGGCAUCAAAAAACGUGCAGCUAGCGGGAGGAGAUGAACGGGCUAUUCUUGCCGUGGUGGAGAUGUUCUGGGUGUCCUUCUGGUGAAGAACUAGAUGUAUCAGUGAUAAUAUCGCGCGCAGAACAGAUGAAUAAAUAGUGGUCCGCGUGUGUUCCGUACAGGGACCCAGAGAGCCGCGCGCGCCGUAAACACACCUGGAAUUCCCUUUAACUGGAGCCCAGAGCAGAGUCUGUAGACCCCUGCCGUCCCUGGUGUCAGAGCUCUUGCCUCUGAACAAAGUGGACCUCUGGGCCAUCAUGGAGUGGAGUUGCUGCGAGGAUUGCUGUGUAUGAAGGUUCGCAAAGGAGGCCAUGGAUAGCGACAGCUACAACCACCUCCUGGAGACCAGUGAUGGAGCGGUGGGUGUCGGGGACCUGGAUGGCGCAGGGGGUACUGGCUCUGACUCAGGGUGGUACCUGCCUUACUCCAUCGGAUUUCAAGUGUCCCUGACUAGCUUCCUUGUGCUAGAGCUGGUACUGGGUUUUAGCAGCAACCUUACUGUGCUGGUGCUGUACUGCGCCCAGUCCAACCUGGUUGACUCGGUCAGCAACAUGGUGACGGUGAACCUGCACGUUCUAGACAUCAUAGUGUGUGUGCUGUGUCUGCCAUUCACUAUGGUCAUCAUUCUCCUGCCACUGGAUGGAAAUCUGGCUCUUUUGUGCUGCUUCCACGAGGCCUGCGUUACCUUCACCAGCAUCGCCACCGCGGUCAAUGUUCUUGUCAUCAGCGUGGACCGCUACGACAUCUCAGUACGACCAGCCACCCGCCUGCUGACGCCACGUCGUGCUGCCAUGCUUCUGGCUGCCGUGUGGGCCGUGUCACUGGCGGUCUUCUUCAUCCCCUUCCUGGAGGUGGAGUUCUUCUCCGCGGAACCAAGUGAAGCAGAUGAGCCCAAUCUGGACCUCGUGUGGCGCAACCGGACACUGCUCUGCGUUGGGGGGCAGGGCUACCACACAGAGCUGGCUAUGUAUUACCACCUGCUCCUGCAGGUGCCCAUCUUCUUCACUGCUGUGGUGGUCAUGCUCUUCACAUACUUCAAGAUCCUUCAAGCCCUCAACAUCCGCAUCGGCUCCCGCCUGAAGGGGAGCCAUCGAUUAAAGGUUCCAUCCUGGAGGAGACGUCGCAGGAGAAGGAACGAGCUAGGGGAAGAACAGGAAGGAGAGGGCUCCUCUAGUCGAGCAAAAUAUCUCUCCCAACCUCCUCUUAUACCAUCCCCAACCCCAACCCCGACCUCUCCCCCAGCACUCUCCCCAGUUCCGCAGCUAACCUCCGACGGCGGCACCACACCUACUCCAGCUCAGGCUGCUAUGGGAGUGCAAGCUUCAGUGUCAGCCAUCAUUGCACUGCGGCGGGCGGUACGCCGGCACCGUGACCGACGGGAGCGUCAGCGGCGCGUCUUCAGGAUGUCGCUCAUCAUCAUCUCCUCCUUCUUGGGCUGCUGGGCUCCAAUCUCAGUAGUGAACGUGCUCAUUCUGGGCCUGGGCCCCAGCGACCAGCUGGUCCGCUUGCGCCUAUGCUUCCUUGCCGUGGCUUACGGCACCACCAUCUUCCAUCCGCUGUUGUACGCCUUCACACGUCAAAAACUGCGCCGUGCCUUUAGGACGAGGGUGAAGAAGCGGGUUGUAUCAUUACUGCAAGUGGACCCCACACCGAGUGCCACUGUCAUACGUAACUCCUGGGUGGUACCGCGCAAAGGACGCAGGGCGAGGCAAGAAGGCAGCGAUGCCACUGACCACUGCCUCACGGAAGCCAUCCGGGAGUGAGAUAGAAAGUGUUUGUGUGUUAGCGUUGUGUGCAUGCAUGAGUAUGUUUGGAAGGAAGAACUUGACAAAGAUUCAGUAAUAUCACCUUUGCAUGGAAAUUUGGGAAACACCGUUGAGGUGUGCCCUCAUUUACUUUGUCUUAUUUAGCACUCUUAACAAGUGGCCCCACUGUCUUUAUGGCAGUUGGUACCACACGGUAUUGUGUCAUGCAGUCCACAAAAUGUCAUGUUACACACAUGGAACCAAAAACUUCCUCUUGACGUCCGUUGUGAUCAGUGCAUCAGGGCUGCCAAAUAUUACAGGAGCCCUCAAAGUUUUAUUUCUUCUCACAUCUGGUCAGUUGUUGGAUAACUAGCCAUAUGUCCAACUGAUUUUAUUUGAAGUGUAAAUAUCAAAAAAUACAAAUGUCCAGAAUUUGGCAUCAAAUCAGUAACAUGCAAGAAAUCACAGUUCAGUCCCUGUGGAACGCUCCUUAAAUUGCCACAUGAUCAAUAUAUAAACGGAGUGGUCUGGCAGGGGCUGUUGGCUGCAUCCAAGUAGUGAGGAAGUACUGUAAAAAUAGACAUUUAGACUGAAUUUUGUACAAUUUAUGUUGAUUGCCUUCCGAUGAUUAUAACUGUCAGUGGGGAAUUCAUGCACAUCACGGAGUUUGCAUUUUUUACAUUGUAUUUUGUCAUAUGCAGACAUCUCUAUGAUCAUUAUCGCUAUGAUAAAAAGAAUUUAAAGUCAUGUCUGCAUGUAAAUGUGGAAGUUAUUUAUUAUUAUGGUAAUACGUAGUAUUAGUAGUGGUAAGUAAUAUGCUUUUCUGAAAAGACCACCACAAAAAGUUUAAGCACAUUUGAUAUGUCAUGUCUUCUACAGUAAAUCCAACCACCCUCUCUGUGAGAGGGAAUUGACUUGGAAUUAAAUCUGUUGGAAUUAUUUAGGAGGUGCCUUGAACAGCAGUCAGUCUCUGAGUCAGUUUAAUUUUUAAUUUUUUGUUCCCCUGGCCUUUAA